AGAGACAGUGGAACACUUUCCACCAACCGUCUGGGGAGCAGGACUAGCUUACACACCCUCUCUGCAUCCUGAGCGCUUCACCAGACUAAAAACAUCAGCACUCUGCCACAUCACCAACAUGGGCUCGGUCUUACCUUCAGACGCUGUGGUGCUGAAGUCUGGAUUUAAAUGUCAGAGUCGCUCCUUGUCAGAUAUCAUCACCUCAGACAUCCUACACAGCUUCCUGUACGGCCGCUGGAGGAACGUGCUGGGAGACCACCUGAUGGAGGAGAGGCAGAGCGCCGCGAGCCCCCGGACAGCCUUCACCGCCGAGGUCCUCGCGCAGUCCUUCGCCGGUGAGGUGCAGAAGCUGUCCAGCCUCGUUCUCCCCAGCGAGGUGAUCAUCGCCCAGAGCUCCGUCCCCGGUGAGGGCCUGGGCAUCUUCUCCAAGACGUGGAUCAAGGCGGGGACUGAGAUGGGCCCGUUCAGCGGGCGUGUGGUGCCCCCGGACACCGUGGACCAGCUGAGAAACAACAACCUGAUGUGGGAGGUGUUCAACGAGGAUGGCUCGGUGCGCUACUUCAUCGACGCCAGCCAGGAGGACCAGCGCAGCUGGAUGACGUACAUCAAGUGCGCUCGCAACGAGCAGGAGCAGAACCUGGAGGUGAUGCAGCUGGGAGGCAGCAUCUUCUACAAGGCUGUGGAGACCAUCCCCCCGGACCAGGAGCUGCUGGUGUGGUACGGAAACUCCCAGAACACCUUUCUGGGGAUUCCAGGAGUCCCCGGGCUGGAAGAGGAACAGCAGAAGAAGAACAGGAAUGAAGAUUCCCACUCCUGCGAUGGCUCUUCCUCCUGCUCCCCCUCCUCCGCUUCUUCUUCCUCCUCCUCUUCCUCCGCCAGCCGCAUGCGCUGUGUGAUCUGCCACCGCGGCUUCAACUCCCGCAGCAACCUGCGCUCGCACAUGCGCAUCCACACGCUGGACAAGCCCUUUGUCUGCCGCUUCUGCAACCGCCGCUUCAGCCAGUCGUCCACGCUGCGUAACCACGUGCGGCUGCACACCGGGGAGCGCCCGUACAAGUGUCACGUCUGCCAGAGUGCCUACUCCCAGCUGGCGGGGCUGAGGGCGCACCAGAAGAGCGCCCGGCAUCGUCCUGGCGCGGCCGGCUCGGACACCCCCUCCCAGCCCCCAGCCCCUCCUCCUCCUGCGCCCACGCAGAUACCCAGUCUGUCUCAGCAUCAGAUGGUGCACCACAUCCCCACCAUGGUGCUCUGAGGGGGGAGGGGGUAGGGGAGGAGGAAGAGGGAGGGAGAGACUUGAACAAUGUUGCACUUUAGCUUGACAUGCUCUGGAGGGCGCUAGUUUGCUUUGGUUCAGCCUGGAACAGGAGACCAGAGCUUGUUUUGGUUCGCUCAGGAUAAACUCCUGACCACACUUGUGAGAUGGUCUUCACUGGCAAGCAGGUUCAUGACAAAGGGAAGUUUAGACUGAUAUAUUAUAGACUGUUAAAUGAGCCUGUGUGUAUAAAUGGCCUGAACACUUUGUUCUCCAAUACGUUUUAGAUGUGGCCUUAUUUCCAGCUGUGGCAUCAUGUUUAUGAUGGUCGUAUGUGAUUGUCACCACCUUGUUCCAAAGGAAGAUCUACUCUUGUUUAUAGAGCCUGAGUGUGAAUAAAUUACCCGAAAAUUACAGUUUGUAGGACCAAUGUCUAUACUUGCUUAUUCCUAUUUUUUUUCAGAAUUUCUAAUGGGAUUCCUAUCCCAUUUAUACCACACAGCAUUGUGGGAGGACAUGGGGAUUACAUUGAGUCUAGUCCUGUUAUUGUACUUGUUCACUCCAUUAAAACAUGUCAACCAACACCAUUCCAGGUGUUGUUCACCUGUAGCUCUACCAAGAAGCCAACAGUAAAAAGAGAAAUCUGAAGUACCAGAUGAAGAAGCCGAGCAGGCUUCAAUCUGCUGUGUCUGAAGUCCACAAAACUAAAUUGUCACUUUAUCUCUGUACAUUCCUGUAAAACUUUGUGUAAUUUGUAAACUGUAUAUAAAUGUGAAUGUAAAUAAAUGUCCUUUCUUUAUAUUCUAAAUAAAUGACAAUACUCA